AUGCUCGCAACGGUCGACUGCUACACAUGCCGUCGUCGGCGCGUCCGCUGCGACCGUGCAUUGCCGCACUGCGCAAAGUGCGUUGAUAGACCCGGGAUCGACUGUUUGUGAUAUAAGAAACCACUGGUGUGGAAUAAGGACGUUGCCUCACGCGGGAAGAUGAUGGGGAAGACCUUUCCCUUGUCGAAGCCUUCAAGGCAAGGGGGCUCUGAGUGCGAGGUGGUGGUGGUGAGGGUGAAGAAGGAGGAGGAUUCUAGCUGGAGAAGCAAUAGUCCAGAAAGCGAGAUGUGUGGUGAUGGGUUGGGGGGUAAUAAAGCAGCAGGAAUGGUUGUUGGUGUUGAGGAUGGAAUUAGUGGUGGUGGUGGUGGCCUUGGGGGUGGGAGGGAUGGUGAGGACCCGGGUAGGGCGGCAGUGGUCGAGUGUGACAGAAGUGCUGGAAAGGAUUGGCUGAGGUCCUUCAAUCCCGAGUUUUUCGGAGCUCUUGAUAGCAUGAGCAAAUACUAUCUAAAUUACUGUACUGUACGUCACCUGCCCUCCCGUCAUGCCUCCACUCCCCUUAUGGUAUAUCUAACUAACACGAUAUCCGCAUCUAGUCGACAAGCGAGUCUGCAGAGACUUCAUCCUUUUCGAACGUCAUGGAGACAACCCCUACCGCAACCUCCUCUCCCUCGCAGCUGAGCACCCCUCCUUCCUGCACGCAGCCCUGGCCGUCUCCGCAAGGCACUACUCCAACAAUACCGGUUUCCAGGAAACUCACUCGUUGGUGUACAAAGGCCACGCGAUAAACUCGCUCCUGCAGGACCUACAGAGGACAAUCCACGAUGGCACGACCGUCGUUCGAGAGCCGGUGCUGCUGUUCCUAUUCUUUGAAGCGCUCGAGAGCGGGAAGGACACGUGGAAGAUACACCUCUAGGGCGCCAGGCGAUUGAUCCAGAUGGGCGGGGGCAUGGGCGGGCAGAGGAGUAAUCUCUCGUCGUCUUUGGGGGUGUUGAUCACUCAUGUUGCCGCGUAUAUGCCCCUCUCCCCUCCCCUUCCUCAAUACUAUCAUUGCUAAUGACGCAUAAAGCAUAGACAUCAUCAGAAAAUCCCUCGCCUUCUCCGGAGGUGCCGACACAGACACCCUCUCAUGGGGCAGCGCUAGCAGCAACCCAGAGGAAAUCUUCAGAUUCCUCGAACAGGCAGAACACUACUCCUUCCUCGGCUGCCCAGCAGAACUCUUGCAAGUAAUAUCCCUCGUCUCGCAACACAAAAACAAAACCCCCACCACCACCACCACCCCCACGACGCAAACCCUCUUGUCAAGGAUAGAAAAUUUCAACCCCCAAGCUUGGGCAAGCAAACCCCCCCCUCCCUCAGCCAAACGUCGCUGGAAUAUUCAUCCCCCGUCUCGACGCGGGCGAAGUCUACCACCACGUCUGCGCCUACAAAUGUGCCGUGCAGAUAUUAGCCCUACAAGUGCUUACGCCCUCAUCGCCGUCGGUGGUGCGCAAGACGGACGAGCUCGUCGACGAGAUCAUCGCCCACAUUGCUAGCUUCGGGCCCGGGUCCGUCUUCUUCAAGGACGUUGUCUAGCCCAUAUUCUUAGCCGGAGCGGUGUCAACGAGAGAGUACCAGAGAAGUUUUGUUAGGGUGACCCUGAGGAAUAUAUGGGGGUUGUUACCACAAUUCGAUAUUAAGAGCGCGGGGGUGCUGCUGGAAGCCAUGUGGAGGGAUGAGGAGGGGGAUUGGAAGGAGAGACCUGCGAGGACUGGGAGUGAUUAUUUGUUUAUUUGAAAAGAGGCGGGUAUGCUAUUUUUACUGUGUAUCUUCAACUGGGUGGCCAUGUCAUUUCCACAUAUUACCGCCGGUUUGCGCCCCGGGGCUCAGAUUUUGGUCUUUAUUUCAUUCUGGCAUCAAUAGUGUAGGGUCGGAAAGGAGAAGGGAAGGAAAGAGAAGGCUAUAUUGGUUACAAUCUUCCCGGGAUGGAAGAAUGCGCCGUAUUCUUAUGUACUCCUCUUCGAGUGAGUCCUCAUGCUUCAGCGCGUGUCUCCUCAGUUAUGGGACACCGCCGAGAAACACCCUUCCGGAGGAGGCCGCUUCAUGUAGCCACUUCUACAGUAAUAGCGCGGUCGGCACACGGACGUUGAACCACUCCGCACACCCAAACAUACCAAUCAGUGCGGGGGGGAAAUCAAGUUCCCCUCCUCCCGUGAUCCGGUCAUCUCACUGCCAAGGCCCGGAAAACGAGGAUCCCCGGCCCGGGGGAUGUCCAGAUACCUCUGACGCCCGCAGACCCUCGAGUGAAAUACCGGUAUUAUACAGUACCGUACCGGCGAAGCCUGCGAUAGUACCGUACUUGUGCAGAAAAGUCGGAAAAGAGGGGUCGUAAAAACACGGAAACCCCAUCGGCCGGAGUCACGAAGCGCUCAAAUCAGAACUCCAGGAUUCUCGUGUCUUGUGGUCCGAUCCUUUUUUUUUACCCGGAUAUCCUUUCUCCUAGGUUACAAGUAGAGUACUAUACGAGUACUCGAGCACACGUAAAUUAGCUCCAAGAGGAGCGGGCACUAUUUACCACCUACUUACUGUUCUCACUAUACUCCAGCAUACCGUAAGCACAAGUACGGUACUAAAGUACCCUCACGAGGUACCGCUACAGGCACCAGAACACUCGAAGUAAGUAAGAAGAGCUGCUGUACCGUACAAAAUUUUGAUCCCUCGCGUUUUUUAAGUGCUGGUACUCGAGUAUUGGUACUUCUUCAGACGCACCGGUGCUGUGCUAGUACGAGUACGAGUACGAGUGUUCAGCGUCCGGUAAAUGAACCAUGCGAUCCUGGAGUUCUAAUUGGAGUGUUUAUUUGACGUCUCGAAUCAAUCGAUUUCCCUGUUUUCUAUUCUGGAUUAUUCCCCUGUUAUCCGAUCCCUCCUGCUCGUACCGUACCGGUACGGUGCUCAGAGGUGGAAGUAAAAAUCGAGUACUGUACGGUGCCGCAAGGAAGUUGGUCCUGUCACCGCAGCUAACUUACUCGUAAAGUCCCAGUUGGCCGGAAUUGAAAGUAGAGGUCGGCAAGUUAGUAUCGAUAAGUACUGUACCUAGACUUGGAUUCGGUAGGUGUAAUAUAGGACUAAA